AUACUUAAUAUUAUGUAGGUACCUAGGUAUGUGUAUUUAAGUGUAAUAUGAGUGACUUGAAGAAAUCCAUGUUAUUAAAGAGAUUUGGUAGUGUUAUUCACCUGUAUUAGGUACAUAACGUAACACAGCAGUUAUAAAAAUUUCAUCCUUCAUUAAUAUGAGUGCUCUGUCUUUCAUUAAGUCGACUAAAGGCAAAGUUUUGCUUGGCACAGUGGUCGUGCUUCAUGCUUCUAUUUACUUCGCUAAACCGUCAUUUUUCAAGGCCGAGGACAAAGUUAAAAACCAAGUGUCACCGCCUAAAUACUUGCCAGAGAAAUAACAUAUAACCUUCAGUUGUAUUGAAACGAGAGACCCGGAAGUCGGUCAUCCGGAACGUCACGAAAUUCAUGUUUUAUAGAAGUAUUUUAACGACCACCUCAGGUCUGUUUCGUGGUGGUAUUGCUAUUGUAAGGAACAUGAGUGCAAAAGGACGAUAUCAAAUAUACGUGACGAGGUCUGAUAUGCCAGAGAGUGGAGUGCAACUUCUAAAAGAUCAAUGUGAUGUUAAUCUAUGGAAUCAACCUUCUCCAGUGCCGAGAGCCGAAUUAUUGAAAGAAGUGGCUGGUGUUAAUGGUAUCUACUGUUCUUUAACUGAUAAGAUUGACACAGAGCUAUUAGACGCAGCAGGGCCUAGUUUGAAGGUUGUGGCUACUAUUUCUGUGGGCCAUGAUCAUAUUGAUGUAGCAGAGUGCAAGAAAAGGGGUGUCCGUAUUGGGUACACUCCGGAUGUUUUGACUGAUGCUACUGCUGAAUUAACUCUAGCCCUGCUCUUGGCUACAUCACGUCGAGUUCCUGAAGCUAUAUAUGAAGCCAAAACCGGUGGUUGGGUUUCAUGGGCACCCACUUGGAUGACAGGACCUGGACUGGCUGGUGCCACUGUUGGAAUUGUUGGAUUUGGUAGAAUAGGUCAGGCAGUAGCACGAAGGGUGAAAGCAUUCAACACAGAAAGAAUCAUUUAUUUUAAUCGCAGUCAUAGACCUGAAGAGAAGGAAACUGGUGCUGUCAAAGUCAGUUUCGAUGAACUCCUCACCCAAAGCAACUUUGUGAUUUGUUGUGCGGCACUAGUUCCUGAAACCAAAGAGAUAUUCAACAAGGAAGCGUUUGAAAAGAUGAAGAAUACAGCCAUUUUUGUAAAUACAAGUCGUGGUGGAACUGUUGAUCAAGAUGCUUUGAUUGAAGCACUGAAAACCAAUAAGAUCAGGGCAGCCGGUUUGGAUGUUACGUCUCCUGAACCACUACCUUUGGAUAAUCCAUUGUUCAAGCUGAGCAAUUGUGUGGUUCUACCUCAUAUAGGAAGUGCUACGAUUGAAGCUAGGAACACCAUGAGUGAACUAACAGCAAGGAAUAUACUAGCUGCCCUUCACGGUACUGACAUGCCGGCUGAGUUGAAGUGAAACUUUGACUCUUAUUUUAAAAUUCAUGUAUAAGAAAGAGUAUUUGCUAUGCAUUUUGUCAAAUUAGUAACCAUGAAUAAAAUUCAUGAAAAUUA